UCGCGCGGCCCCCGACUGGCCCGCUGACCCGCCGCCGGGUGUGAGGGCCGCUCGCUCAGCCUCGGCGGCCCGGCUCUUCUUCCCCGGUCGCCGCCCUUCUCUGGGUCCUCUGCGAGGCGCAGAGAGCACCUGCCGGUCCCAUGAGUGCGGGCGGGGUAGUCACGGAAAGAUGAUGACCAGGAGGAGGAAGGACUCUCCCCAUUCAAAUCGGAAGCUUUCAGACCGUGGCUUGUAGCUCUGCCCCGGGAGGUCGGAAUGUCCCUGGCUGCUUAUUGUGUCAUCUGUUGCAGAAGAAUAGGAACUUCAACUCCUUCACCAAAAAGCAACACAUACUGGAGAGAUGUCCGAAAAAUAAUAAAGUUUACUGGAUCACUGAUUUUAGGAGGUUCUUUAUUUCUUACAUAUGAAGUCCUGGCGCUGAAGAAGUCUUUGACAUUAGAUACUCAAGUGGUAGAAAGAGAAAAAAUGAAGUCAUAUAUAUAUGUGCACACAGUUUCUUUAGAUAAAAGAGAAAAUCAUGGAAUCACCUACCAGGCAAGAAAAGAGCUUCACAAAGCAGUAAGAAAAGUAUUGGCAACAUCGGCAAAGAUAUUACGGGGUCCAUUUGCUGACCCUUUUAGUACAGUUGACGUAGAAGAUCAUGAAUGUGCUGUGUGGCUGCUCCUGAGGAAGAGUAAGUUGGAUGACAGGACAGCACGAUUGCAGGCUGUGCAGGAAAUGUCAGAGACCCACCACUGGCAUGAUUACCAGUACAGGAUAAUCGCUCAAGCCUGUGAUCCGAGGACUCUUAUUGGUUUGGCACGAAGCAAAGAGAGUGAUCUUCGCUUUUUUCUCCCACCACCUAGUUUGCCAUCUUUAACAGAAGAUUAUUCCAUUGAAGAAGAGCUCAGACAGUUGCUGGCUUCUUUACCUCAAACGGAGCUAGAUGAGUGUAUCCAGUAUUUUACAUCUCUGGCUCUGAGCGAAAGCAGUCAAAGCCUAGCCGCUCAGAAGGGUGGCCUGUGGUGUUUUGGAGGAAAUGGACUUCCUUACGCUGAAAGCUUUGGAGAAGUUCCUUCAGCUACAGUGGAAAUGUUCUGUUUAGAAGCUUUAAUAAAACAUUCUGAGAUGCCUACACACUGUGAUCAAAUUGAAGCAAACGGAGGCUUGCAGCUACUUCAGAGGCUGUACCGACUUCACAAGGACUGCCCUAAAAUACAGAGAAACAUAAUGCGCAUCAUUGGAAAUAUGGCCUUGAAUGAGCAUCUUCAUUCUCCUAUCGUUCGCUCAGGCUGGGUCUCCCUGCUGGCCGAAGCUAUGAAGUCUCCCCACAUCAUGGAGGCCUCACACGCCGCCAGGAGCCUGGCUAAUCUAGACCGAGACACCGUGCGAGAGAAAUACCAGGACGGCGUGUACGUGCUCCACCCCCAGUACCGCACGAGUCAGCCCAUUAAAGCAGAUGUCCUUUUUAUUCAUGGCCUGAUGGGAGCAGCGUUCAAAACAUGGCGCCAGCAGGACGCUGAGCAUCAGGGUCCAACUGACGAGGCUUCAGAGGACGAAGCCAGGCAUACGACAUGUUGGCCCAAGACGUGGUUAGCGAGAGACUGUCCUGCUCUCCGAAUUAUAUCUGUGGAGUAUGACACCAGCCUCAGCGACUGGAGAGCGAGGUGCCCGAUGGAAAGAAAGUCCAUUGCAUUCAGGAGCAACGAACUUCUUAGGAAGCUCAGAGCUGCUGGUGUUGGGGACAGGCCGUUGAUUUGGGUGUCACAUAGCAUGGGAGGUCUUCUUGUCAAAAAGAUGCUGUUGGAGGCCUCUAAGAAGCCAGAAAUGAAUACUGUUAUAAACAAUACUAGAGGAAUCGUUUUUUAUAGCGUCCCUCAUCAUGGGUCCCAUCUGGCUGAGUACUCUGUUAAUAUUCGCUAUCUUCUCUUUCCCUCACUGGAAGUCAAAGAACUCAGCAAGGAUUCUCCUGCACUUAAAACACUACAGGAUGACUUUCUGGAGUUUGCUAAAGACAAAAACUUCCAGGUGCUGAAUUUUGUAGAAACACUGCCCACCUACAUUGGCAGCAUGAUCAAACUCCACGUGGUGCCCGUGGAAUCAGCAGAUUUAGGCAUUGGAGAUCUAAUUCCUGUGGAUGUUAACCAUUUGAACAUUUGUAAGCCAAAGCAAAAGGAUGCUUUUUUGUACCAGCGUACCUUACAAUUCAUCCGUGAAACUUUAGCCAAAGACCUUGAAAACUGACUCUUAUCUUCUUCCAUUUUUCAUAUGUGAACACAGUGCAAGAAAUUUGGUGUUGUCUUUCUCUUUCAGCUCUAAGCAAUCAUGCAGACAUAGUCACUAUGGCAUCCACUGUAGUGGUCUGGGGCAUCUCGCAGGCAACAGAAUAUUGUUCUCAGUUCACGCGCUGUAAAGCACAAACGUGGAAGUGGCGAUCAGAGAAUGAAGGCUAGACUGGAUUCUUUUGAUUUACAAGCAGUUCCACGUGUGCCAGUUGAUGCUUGGCAUUGUUGUCCUGGUGACAAGGAGCAAGCUGCUGUGGAUGGAGAAUGCCUUUUGUUACCUGUGGCUGUUUCCAGCUCGUGCUAGGAGGAGCACCAAUGGCUUCUGAAGGGAGAGCCAUCACCAAUGCCACAAAAACACCGUUUGGAGAGUACCUAGAAUGAACUAGAGCAUAAAAGACUGCUUUGUUCUGGGUUUCCGUGUGCUGCAAAUUUUUUAAAACAUGUCAGUGUAAGCCUUUGUCUAACGUGUUAACUUUGUUGGACCUGUUGUCAUCCAUGGAGCAGUUCCUUGUAAGUUUUUAUUUUCGUAUUGCUGAGAACAAAUAUUCCUCUUUUUAAAAAAACUCUCUAGUAAUUCUUUCCAGACUGUUGCUACCUGUACGUUUAUUUUUUCCCAGAUAAAGUAGCUAAUCCAUUAUUGAUCAGAGUGUGAAAUAAAAGUGUUCUAAGCUAUUAUAUAUAUUAGCAAAUACUUAGUAUUGAGAUUCUCACAUUCUUUUUAACUAAUAAAGUAUUCCUUUCUUUCCUGCUCAUUUGAAAUUGG